AUGGAGAAUUUUUUUCAAGGGUUGAAAAAGGCAAUGUCCGAUGUUGCCGAGAAGAUAGAGGAAAUUGCUGUGAAUAAAUCGGGAGGAGGAGAUGCUAAUGAGGCUGAGGAGAAGAAAGCUGUAGUUCAGAGGCCGCCGAGUCCUGAGUUGGGUGAGGAUAAGGAUGAUGAGAAGACGCAGAAAGGAGAGGCUAAAGAGGAAUGGAGUCUUGCGGAAUGCGGUGUAGCACUUGAUGACUACGAAGUCAAUCUGGAACAUGAGCGUCUUGGCACAAUCCAGGGCCUAGAAGGACUUCAUCAAGUUGAAUGUUUAUGUUUGCGAAACAACCUUAUCAGAAAAAUGGAAAAUCUGAGCAUGCUGACGACGCUGACGGAACUUGAUCUUUACGACAAUAUUCUCAAGAAAAUUGAGGGAAUCGAGACUCUCGUAAAUCUUGAAAUCUUGGAUCUUAGUUAUAAUAACAUCAGAAAAAUCGAAAAUAUCGAGAACUUGACGAAACUGCGAAAACUGUUUUUGGCAGGAAACAAAAUUUCAAAGAUUGAGAACAUCGAGACUCUGACGAAUUUGACGAUGAUUGAGCUUGGUGCCAAUCGAAUUCGAAAAAUAGAAAACUUGGAAGCAAUCCAGGGUCUUCAGGAGCUUUAUCUUGGCAAGAACAAAAUCGCCAAAAUGGAAAACCUUCAUGUUUGCCCAGAACUAUCCCUUGUCGACCUUCAAAACUGCCGAAUCCUCGAGAUUGAAGGACUAGAGGGCCUUCCGAAUUUAACGAGCCUGCAUCUUGCACACAACGGAAUAACAGAAAUCAAGAAUUUGAAGAAAAACACGGACCUAGACACCGUCGAUUUGAGUGGCAAUCCUAUCAAGACCCUUGGAGGUCUUGAAGGGUUGGAUCAGCUUGAAGACUUGUGGAUGAAUGAUUGCAAGAUUGAGGAUUGGAAAGAAGUUGAGAAAUUGACCAAACGGCCUCAACUGCGAACCGUCUACCUCGAGCGCAAUCCAAUCUACAAGGACCAAAUGUACAGAAAGAAACGAUCCAAACGGGCCAAAGAACCUCGAUCAACAGAAAGUCCCGCCGCUGAAAAGAAGCCGGAAAAGCGAGUGAAUAUCAUUGAGAAACCAGCUCCGGAGAACUUGUUAAAAGUUGACAGGGAUUUAUGCGAAGUAACACACAACGAUGCCAAGUCUGCGAUUCAGCGAGCUUCUGACGAGUGUAAAAUAAAAGUUCAGAAAGCUUAUUGCGACCACAAAGCCGGUCUCCUCCUUCCUUCCAGAAUCGAACGUACCUGUCCGCAUAAAAAACGCCAAGUCGCCCAGGCCCCGGCCGUGACUACCCGGAAUCCUGAAGCAAAAAUUCGCAUCUGCUACUUUUUAAUCGUCCACGGAAGAUCUCUUCGCCAGAUUAAACGACUAGUGAAAAACAUCUACCAUACUGACCACAUUCUUUACUUCCACGUCGAUUCCAGAUCGCAUUGGCUUCAUUCGGAGCUGAAAAAACUGACGCUAGAAUAUGAAAAUAUCUAUCUCGCUGAUUGGAGAGAAACACCGAUCUGGGGAGGAACGAGUCUCUUGACUACCAUCUUUCGCGGCCUUACGGACAUGGUAGAAAAGCAGUACAAUUGGGACUUCUUCAUCAACCUUUCUUUCGCCGAUUUUCCUGUCAAAUCCAACGAUGAUCUAGUUCAAUUCUUGUAUAAGUACCGAGACAAGAACUUUAUGAAAUCGCAUGGUCGGGAGCCGGAAAAAUUCAUCACGAAACAGGGCUUAGAUCGCGUUUUCUUCGAGUGCGACAAUCACAUGUACAGAAUUUCUGAACGAAAAACGCCAAUAGGCAUCGAAAUCGACGGUGGAUCUGACUGGAUCGCGCUUAACCGCGAGUUUUCCGAGUGGCUCGUCUUUUCGAAGGACGAAAACUUAGAGCAGCUGAAAACAUGGUUCAACUACACCCUCCUCCCAGCGGAGAGUUUCUUCCAUACUGCCGUUCAAAACACUCACUGGUGCGAGAGCUACGUAGACAACAACAUACGAGUGACAAAUUGGAAUCGAGCCCGUGGCUGUAAGUGCCAGUACAAAGCGAUUGUCGACUGGUGCGGCUGCUCUCCUAACGAUUUUAUGCCAAAAGAUCUGUCCCGAUUGAAGACAACCAGGCCAAUUUUCUUCGCGAGAAAGUUCGAAGAAUUCGUCUCACAGGAGGCAGUGCAUAAAGUAGAAGCCGAUGUAUACGGCGAAUACAGCGCUGGAACCCCUUCAAUUUCUUCCUACUGGGAAAAUAUCUUCAACGCAGAAGAAACCGAAAAAUUUUUCGCUUCCUCUAAAGCUGACGCGACAAGAGACGGUCAACUCAGCAUUUUUAAGUCUUGGAAACGCCUUGCCAAGCUCGAUGAAUCUGCGAAGUUGAAAAAUGUUAACAUUUAUAUGGAAAGAAAGAGGAGCGAAGUUGGUUAUGUGCUGGAAUAUGAGCUGGAAAAUGGCGAUUCAAGGGAGAUUUAUGUAAAGAAAAUUGAAGAAGCGAAAGAAAAGGAGCCUGAAAUCCCUCUUUCAAUACAGAUCGGGACAAAAUGGGAUGUUAAAGAACUGGUCUUCCGCGACCCAGGAGGGCUGAUCUCAACCCUUCUUCCAAUGCACGCUUCUUUCCGCUUCCAUAAUGUCCAAGAAAAAUUUCAUGCGAUUGCCAUCGUCCAGGAUCCAUCAGGCCAUCCAGCUGAUCAAAUUGAAAUGGACAUUCCAGAAGAUGAAGAAAAGCGAAAGAAACGGGCGAAAACGUCUACUUUUCAUUGUGAAGGAGAGCUUGGCGGAGAAGUCGUAGCAGCCGAAAAGCUAGCGCUGAACUUACCCCUCAGACCUGGUGUCUGGACCGUGUCUGUUUAUGUCCGCGGCACUAGAUCGAUGAAGUUUAUCGAAGGCUCAAGAACUCAUUUCACAGUAUCACCUCUUGGCUUGUUUGGCCAGCAACCCAUCGAUUCAUCGGACGCUGCUAGGAGUAAUGGCGGGUCCAAAGAGCUGAACAAUAAAAAGAAAGACCUCAGGCUCUGGGAGAAGAUAAUUGAAGGCGUUCCUACGGAAGAUAAAUCUUCAUUAUUCAAGCUUCAACUUGCGCGGAAUUCUAGCUUCGUUUCUCAUGAGCUGAACGCUUGGACGGAUGAAAUUCUUGCAAAAGGAUGGACGAUCGCUUCUACUUGCACAACUAGCUCUUCAUCGCCUCUUCCCGACUGCUCCAAGAGCUACUGGUCCACAUUUUAUCCUGAUCCAAAGUCCGAACUUGGAGCAGUCAACUCAAAAGGUCGAUUACGCGACUAA